AUGAGCUGGCAACAGGACCUGACCCCUCUUGAUCACGAUUCCUCUGGCAGGCCUCUCUAUUUCUCCGAUGCAGACAUGGGUGACUCCUCCCUGGAGGAAGGAAUGACCACCAACCUGACUCUGGAACAGUGCAAAGAACAGUACAAGGGUCGGACAGAGUUCCUCGCGAGUACUCAUCAUCAAGACGGCUUCUGUAAGGCGACCUUUGAUCAGGUUAUCUGCUGGCCUCCAACGCCGCUGAACGAGACUGUGGUGGUGAAGUGCUUUUCCGAACUGUUCCAUGUCAAGUACGAUGAUACACAAAAUGCGACUAGACAGUGUCUGCCGAAUGCGACAUGGACCAAACCGGACUUCUCGAGGUGCAAAGAAAUCGUUUCAAUGUCUGACGACGUGGAAAUCCACAAGGCAAUUUACUUCGCAGGAUAUACCUUGAGCCUUCUGACUCUACUUGUAGCAAUAGGAAUCUUCACACAUUUCAAAGAAUUACGAUGUUUACGAAAUACAAUACAUAUGAACCUAAUGUGGUCCUAUAUGCUAACGUACUGCAUGUGGAUUCUGACAUUAAUAUUGGUCAAGUUUGGGUACAACUUAUCAAUUUUGUGUGUCUUCGAUGUGAUGCUUCUGUAUUAUUUCCACAAUACCACAUUUUUUUGGAUGUUUGUCGAGGGUCUCUACCUUUAUAUACUCGUUGUAAGGACCCUAACUAGAGAAAACUUCAAGCUGAGGGUCUACGUAUGCAUAGGAUGGGGACUGCCUUUGAUCUUCCUGAUCAUUUGGGGAGUGGUGAAAAGCUUCGUCCCGGUCGGUAGCGAAUCAGGAAGUUCAUUUUUCUUACAGUGUCGAUGGUUCUCCUACCAUGACAUCGAUUGGAUCUUCCAGGUCCCCACGCUCGUAGUCCUCCUACUCAACUUCAUCUUCCUCAUCAGCAUCAUGUGGGUGUUGAUUACCAAACUGAGGUCGGCUAACACUUUGGAAACACAACAGUACCACAAGGCUGCCAAGGCUCUACUUGUACUUAUGCCCCUCUUGGGGAUACAGUAUGUCAUCAUGGUUUAUGCGCCCAAGUACAAGAAGUCUUCAAUCGAUGUUUUCGAAUUAGCAAGAGCUAUUCUCAUAUCUACGCAGGGAUUCACAGUGGCGUUGUUCUAUUGUUUCCUGAACACCGAGGUACAAAACGCCGUCCGACACCAUUUCAACAACUGGAAGACGAGAAGAUCUUUGGGUCCCAGUAGGCUGAGAGCAGGCAGCAGAAGCAGAGAUUGGUCGCCACGGUCUAGGACUGAAAGCAUACGUAGGACUACGGAAUGGACCCUUGUGAAUACCGAAGAUGUGGAGCCAAACACACAGAACGAAAAAGGUUAUACAGUCAACCAACGAAUUUGUACCACAAAAGAGAAUCCUGCACCUCCGACAUCACCACCACAACAGUGA